AUGGCCGACUUCUACGUGUCCGUGCAACAGCUUGCCCUGGGCCGCAGAAUGAGCAGAAAACGCGUGCUCGUCGGAUAUGGAAGCAAGUGCUGGCCUGCCCCAUUCGCUAUGCAGCGAGCUAACUCGUACGCAGUCGACGUCGACGCCGUUGCCAACUGGAUCAACACGGGCGAUGGCUCCAAGCAAAACCCCACCAACGUCUCCCGCGGCAUCUUCGGCGCCACCGUAGGCGUUGACCGCCUGCUCCGCCUCUGGGACAAGUACCACAUCAAGGCGACGUGGUUCAGCCCCGCCCACACGGUCGAGUCGUUUCCGGACCAGAUGGCCAAGAUCCGAGACGCAGGCCACGAGAUCGGUCUGCACGGCUACACUCACGAACACCCCUUCCACCUCACCCCGCAACAGCAGCACGCCGUCCUCGCCAAAUCCGUCGCCGUGCUGACGGCCUUCACGGGCAAGAAGCCCGCGGGCUACACGGCGCCGGCGUGGCAGGCGAGCGACGAGCUGAUCCCGCUGCUGCACCGCUUCGGCAUCGAGUACGACCACAGCUUCAUGCACCACGACCUGCAGCCGUACUGGGCCCCCGACGGCGCCGGCGGCGGCGGCGGCGGCCACACCUGGGUCGAGACGGACCGCGCCAAGGAGGCCGAGCACUGGAUGCGGCCGAUGAGCAAGAUACGGCCGAGCGGCGUGGUGGAGAUUCCGGCGAAUUGGCAUUUGGGCUUCGUUGAUACGGCCGUCGUGGAGAAGCUGUGGCGCGAGCAGUUCGACUUCGCAUACCGCGAGUACGACAGCUUCAUCUUCCCCAUGUCCAUCCAUCCGCAAGUCAGCGGGAAGCCGCAGGUCAUCUUGAUGCAUGAACGCCUCAUCGAAUACAUCAACAGGCAUGAGGGUGUCGAGUGGAUGACCUUCGGCCAGAUGGCAACCGAAUUCAAAGAGGGGCGGAUCCCUGGCGCCGUGGUUGAGGGCGGCGUGGAUGUCUAG